AUAAUAAAGGAAACAAGAAAUAUAUUCUUUGCAACAUCCGUACUUUAAAUUAACAAAAGGAAAGUUUUUUAAAAAGAGGUAAACCUUAGAUGCUCAGGUAGUUAAUCAGUUAAUUUUCAGUCGUGUAUGCUUCCCUGGUGGUGAUUUUAGAAUUAAUUCCCAAUUUAUUUUGUAAUUGUGUGAUAUUCUUUUUCAUAAUUUUUGAGUUAAUUGAUAUAAGAAACAAAAAUCGUACCAAUGAUGAGCUUACUAUUUCGACCAGACUUGGACGCUGGUGAAGUAUUCGUUAAUUUCAAUCAAAAUACCACAUCUUUGGCUGUCGCCACAAAAUCUGGCUAUAGCUUAUAUAGUUUGGGUUCGGUAGAUUCAACAUUGGAUAAAAUAUAUACAUGUCCUACGGAAGAGAUAUUUCUAAUCGAACGUUUAUUUGAAAGUUCUUUAGUGGCCAUUGUGUCACAACGUUCACCUAGGAAACUAAAGCUGUUUUUAUAUGAAAAACAGGUUUGCCAUUUUAAAAAACAAAGCGAAAUAUGCAACUAUUCCUAUUCAAAUUCCAUACUAGCCGUAAAAUUAAAUCGUGAACGUUUGAUUGUCUGCCUUGAAGAGAGCUUGUAUAUUCAUAAUAUUCAAGAUAUGAAGGUGGUGCACACCAUACGCGAUACGCCUAGCAAUUCAGCUGGUUUGUGUGCAUUAAGCUCAUCUUCGGAACAUUGCUAUUUGGCCUAUCCGGGCAGUGUUACGUCGGGUGAGGUGCAAAUAUUCGAUGCUAUCAAUUUACAUGCCAAGACAAUGAUACCCGCUCAUGAUAGCCCUUUGGCAGCUAUAGCAUUUAGUCCUUCGGGUACCGAGCUAGCUACAGCCAGUGAACGCGGUACGGUUAUACGAGUAUUUUCUUCGCUGGACGGCACUAAAUUGUUUGAAUUACGACGAGGCCUUAAACGAUGUGUAUCUAUCGCCUCGUUAUCCUUCAGUACAUGUGCUGAGUACUUAGUUUCCAGUUCCAACACGGAAACUGUGCAUGUAUUUCGUUUGGAACGUAGCUCGUCGGAAAAUAGCGAACCGAAACAAAGUUCAGAUGAUUGGAUGGGUUACUCGUUUUUUAGAUUCCUUAGCAAGACUGUGUCUAGCUAUUUACCUUCCCAGGUAACCGACGUCUUUAGCCAAGGUCGUGCCUUUGCUUCGGUUACUCUUGCGGAGCCUGGUGUUAGGCGCAUAUGCACCAUAACAAAAAUACAAAAACAAUUGAGACUUCUAAUCGCUUCUCAGGAUGGCUAUUUAUACGUGUAUUCUGUGCCUUCAAUGGAGGGCGCUGACUGCCAGUUAAUUAAAAAGCAUGAUCUGCGCCUUGACGAUUGUUACGCUAUGGAUGUAAGAGUUAAUCCCGCACCAUCUUUAGGUGUGGCUACAGGUGUUACUACAGCGACUAAUAUUAUUGCUGCCAAUACUACCGACAACAAUACCAAACACAAUGAAACAAAGGCAUCGCCUUCAUCCAAUAGCUACGCCACUGCUUUAAAAGGUGAUGCUAGUUCUAAUGUUGCAUCUAUAGGUGGCUCUUAAGCCAUUGUAUAUGCUAUCAACAAUGCUAACUUCUCACACAUAACUAUUCGUCUUUUCUCAACAUUGUUCUCAAAUCAAUCAAAAAUACGUUAUUUAGCUUACUUUUGCGUACUUUUUAAAGAUUCUGUUUGUCUUUGAAUUAAUGAAUUAGUUUUAAUUUUUUAAAUGUAGACAUUUUUAUACCUAGCACUUAACGAGGGAUAGGAAAGAGGGGGAGAGAGUGAGAGUUUUUUCUGAAUAUUGUUAGAAUUAUCAAUAGGGAUUAAAAGUUGAAGUUUGACGAAUGUAUAUUUAGAUAUAUGCACCAAGGUCAGCAAAAUGAAUUUUCGGCAAAAAAAAUUUUCACAAGAAGCUUAAAAAUUUAAAUUGAUUUUGCAAUAUUUCAAGACAAGAAGAGUCCCGAACGGUAUAUUAGUUGAAUUAUUACCGAAAACCCCUGGAGUGGCUGGUAUGUAAAGUUUGCGCGCGCGUUGAAACGAAUAAAACUAUCUGAGUUGUUUUAAUUUUUAUUAUUUUAAUAACAAAAGCUUUUGUGUUUUUAAUGUUAACGUCCUGAUCCACUUCGAGUUGAUGAUAAUAUGAUAUAUAUAUAUAUAUAUAUAUAUAUAUGAAAAAUCUCUUCACUCAACUUCCCUACAUUUCUAAAAGUUACAGUAAAAUAAAUAAAACAUUAAAUAUUUAUUCACUUUACCGUUUUAUCAUACCAUUUAUCGAUACCCAUGCAAUCCGCAAUGGAUCCGGAUUAUUCUUAUUUCAUUUUUUCGAAAGACAUUUUUUAACACUAACACAACAACACUACUAUAUAAUAAUUAAGAUUAAAUCACAA